AUGGUCUUAAGGAGAUCCUCUACAAGAGAAAUACAAAAGCCCCUUAGUAAGACCACAGUGGAAAAGGAGUUUCUCGUUGUCGACCAUCAAAGAAGAGUUGAUUUUGAAUUUGUUCCAACUUUCGUUGAGGAAGUUGAAGGUAGGGUUACGUUUGGGGGGAACCCAAGAGUUGAUGUCCUAAUGGAGUCUAAAGGUGGGAAAAAGAAGUCCAGUAGUAAAUCCUUAGUCUAUGAAGCUCCCUUAGGAUACAGCAUUGAAGACGUUCGACCCAAUGGCGGCAUCAAGAAGUUCAGAUCUGCUGCAUACUCCAACUGUGCCCGCAAGCCAUCCUGACACUCUUAUACCGUAGUCCUAAAUUUAUUUUAUUUCAGUCUUCAACUUUCAGCCUAAAUUAAAUCCCCUUUUCUGUUCAUUUCCCCCAUCUGCCUUUUUGUUAUCUCCUAGCCUAGUUAUUGCUUCUUCUGUUUUUCUUUCUUGCACCGCACAAAAAAAAAAUAAAAAAUGUCUUCAUCUGUCUCGUCAAUUGGGUUCGAAGGUUUCGAAAAAAGGCUCGAAAUUACCUUUUCUGGGCCGGGCUCCAUUCGCGAGGGCCUACGUUUGCUCUCCCGAGCCCAAUUGGACGAAAUCUUGAAACCCGCCGAAUGCACCAUAGUAGCUUCCUUAUCAAACGAGCACGUCGACUCGUAUGUUCUUUCCGAGUCAAGCCUUUUCGUAUUUUCUCACAAAAUUAUCAUCAAAACAUGUGGGACCACAAAGCUUCUCCUCUCCAUCUCCCCCAUACUGAAAUUUGCCGAGAGUCUCUCCCUCAAAACUCGAGCCAUGAAAUACACGCGCGGGAGCUUUAUUUUCCCCAAAGCACAGCCAUAUCCCCACCGUAAAUUUUCCGAUGAAGUCGAAAUUCUCGACCGACACUUUCGCCAGCUCAGCGCGGACGGCUCGAGAGCUUACGUCAUCGGCGGUUUCGAAAAUCGACGUAAAUGGCACGUCUACACUUCGUGUGCCGAUUCCUUUAAACCCGAAAAAAAUACGGUUUGCUCGUUAGAGAUGUGCAUGACUGGUCUUGAUAGAGAAAAAGCUUUGGUUUUUUACAAGAACCAAUCGAGCUCCGCCACCUGGAUGACUAGCGAGUCGGGCAUUAGAAAAAUUCUCCCGGGAUCGAAAAUUUGCGAUUUUGAGUUCGACCCUUGUGGUUACUCGAUGAACUCGAUCGAAGGGCCAGCUGUCUCGACUAUCCAUGUUACGCCUGAAGAGGAAUUUAGUUACGCGAGCUUUGAGGCUACCGGCUAUGAUUUGAGUGAUGGGGGUUUGGGUUUGGUGGUUGGGAGGGUUUUGGAUUGUUUUGGGCCGAAAGAGUUUUCUUUGGCGGUGCAUGCGGGGUUUGAUGAUGUUGGGCUGUCUGAGGAUGUUUAUGGGCUGGGCCUGAGAGGUUACUCGUUGAACGAGAGGAGCUUUGAGGAGAUGGGGAUCGGUGGACCUAUCAUGUGGCUGAAGUUUGUUCGGAAUAAAUCGUGUGGUUAUCGUCGUUUGCCCGUUUUGAGAUCUUGCCUUUAGAGGUUAUUUCAUUUCUCUCUGCAAUUUGUGUUUUUAGGACUUUGGGUAAUUUUUGCUGUUUGGUGGUACUUUGGACUUUAAUGAGUUUUGUCUUGGAUCUGUUUGGUUUUGUUUGAAUUUGAGAAGAUUGCGUUUGCAAUAAAUUAAAACCACUUUUAUCAAGAAUUUGUUCACUA